AUGCAGACCAUUCUGUCACUGGGGAACGCGCUCAACCAGGGCACCGCCAGGGGCUCUGCCGUGGGGUUCAAGCUGGACAGUCUGCUGAAGCUCACCGACACCAAGACGCGCAACAACAAGAUGACCCUCAUGCACUAUCUGGCCAAGCUGGACAGUUUGCUGAAGCUCACCGACACCAAGACACGUGAAAAAAGAAGAGUUUUGAGACGUCUCAAAAGUCUGCUGAAGCUCACCGACACCAAGACGCUCAACAACAACAAGAUGACGCUCAUGCACUAUCUGGCCAAGGUGCUCACGGAGAAGCUGCCUGAGCUCGCCUUGUUCUGGGAGGAGCUGCGUGCUGUGCUCACGGAGAAGCUGCCCGAGCUCGCCUUGUUCUGGGAGGAGCUGCCGUCCCUUGAAGAUGCCCACAAGAUUCAAGUGAAGCAGCUGGGAGAGGAGAUGGGCCAGCUCAACAGCGGCACCACCAAGCUGGAGCGUGCAGUGUGCCCCAUUCUCUCCCUUUUGACCCUUCUAUUCCUCCCCCCCCCCCAAUCAGAUUCAAGUGAAGCAGCUGGGAGAGGAGAUGAGCCAGCACAACAGCGGCACCACCGAGCUGGAGCAUUGAACCACUCCCUGGUUUCCCCUCUUCCGUCCUUCCCCCCACACCCGCACCCCAACACCUCUCACCCCGUUCAGAUCCAAGUGAAGCAGCUGGGAGAGGAGAUGGGCCAGCUCAACAGCGGCACCACCAAGCUGGAGCGCGAAAUGGUGGCGUCAGAGAAGGACGGGCCCGUGUCUGAGAACUUCCGAACGGUGAGGGGAAGUGGGGGGUGGGCUUGA